AUGGAAGGAUUCGAUGAGGAUUACUUGCGGAUUCUCGAGCUAAUCGACAAUCUUUCUAAUUCUGUGCUGGAAGAUGAUGAGAUGCUAAAGUCUAGGGAAGAUAUUCUUCAGAAGCUUGCCCAGCUAAACAGUAAGGUUGAAUGCGUCGCUGUUGGGGUAGGCGCAGGGGACCCGGCUGUUUCUACGAGUCUGGAAGAAAUUGAAUUUGCACGUCAGAAAACAGAACUUGGCUACCGACGAUUCAGAAACGCGCAGGUUGUUGCUAGCCAUGCACGAAGCGAACAAUGGCUAAAGCGGCGGGAAAAGCUGCUAAGACCAGCCGCCCAUGGUCCUACCACCAUAUCGGAAGUCGAGCAACCCAGAAAAGAAGCUCCCAAUGACUUUAACCCGGCGGUCUCAAAGUCCGAGGACAUUACUACCACUUUACGACGGGUUCAUCAAAUGGCCCAAGGCGAGGUGUUGAAGGCAGAACUCAACAUUGAAGAGCUGGACUCUUCUACCAAAGCUUUGAAAGAUCUUGAAAACAAAUACUCUGCUGUUGAUGUGCUGUUGAAUGGAUCGAGACGGCUGGUGCAAGUUCUGGAAGAGGCAGACAAAGGAGACAGGCGGCGUAUUCGGCUCUCUUUGGGCUUUUUGGCGGCUGUUCUGGGUUGGAUUGUGUAUCGACGAAUAUUGAAGCUUCCCUUGAAGAUUUUGUUCUGGAACAUUGUUAAUUUAACGCGCUUGGGCAAGUGGGCAACUGGCCUAGCUAGAAAAACCGGCAUGGGAAAGGAGCAGUUGCUAGCAUUCGAGACAGCUUUGGACAACAAAGAACACAACCUUUUGGAUAUUGAUCCAGACUCAAUUGAUCUGGCGUUUGGAAGAGAUCCUCUCACCACUCUGACCGACCCGGUGGAAACCGCUGAAGCUGAAGCACACGUUCAUACAGAGAUUUCUGAGUUGCCCGUCGAGCUUGAGCUGAAUGAAUUCGAGCUGCCUGAUGACGACAUCUCUACACCCGGUGAAAUACCUGCCACCGAAGCAGAGGUUGAAACUGAAGAAGUUCCUCCGGUACACACAACUGCACUCGACGAUAACCUGCUGCUAGAGAGAGAAUAUCUUGAGAUUCACGCUGAGCCGGAAGCUGAACUGGAGGCUGAACCCAUUGAAUCCCUUAUCACCGAGUUCAAGUCCGAGUCGGUAGAAUUCGAGAGGACGGUUGAGCCUGAGCCGGAGUUCGGCUCUCAACUGGAAUCUAUCGAUGCCGAAAUUGUAUUUGAGACAGAGCCGGUACUUCAUGACGUGCUCCACAAUGCUGAAGCGGAGGAUUUGGAAUAUCCAGCACAGCCGCCAGCCACUGAACCGGAAAAAGACCAAGAUGAGCUUUAUUCUAUGGAAACCCACUAUUAUGCAUAUGAACAAGUCACACUUUAA